GGUAUUUUUCGCGGCCACCACUAAUUAAUACCACACAAAAUACCACACCUCCAUUUCUUUUAUUUAAUUAGUUUUAAUUUAGAUUUCUAACUCUAAUUUAAAUUACCCCGGUGCACUGCGGUUUGGUUCGGUUUCGGUUCGCAUCGGUUCGUAUCGGGCGAUUCGGUUCGAUUUCGAUAUCGAUCCUGAAGAUCAGAUCAGAGGCAACUGUGUUUUGUGUUGUGUGUGGAGGAGAAAACUGUGUGCACUUUUGAUCGGAUAUUUGGCUUUGGAUUGGAGAAAAUGUCGAAGAACAAGAUAAACACAACGUCCGGCGUGGCGGCCAGCGAAACGAAUCUGAUCGAGGUGAAGUCGAAGUUUGAUGCGGAGUUCCGGCGGUGGAGCUUCAAACGGAACGAGGCGGAGCAGAGCUUCGACAAAUUUGCGGCCCUCAUCGAGCAGCUGCACAUGCUGACCAACAUCCAGUUUCUCAUACUCUACAUCGAUCCGCGGGACAACGAUCUUUUGCCGAUCAACAACGAUGAUAACUUCGGCAGGGCCCUAAAAACAGCUCGUCCUCUUUUGCGGGUCAUCGUUCAGCGGAAAGACGACCUGAACGAGUACUCUGGCUUUGGGACGAUGAAGCCGCGGAACCUCAUCGGCAGCAUACUGAUGGGCCACACGCCCGUGAAGACCAAGGCGCCCUCGAUAUCCAUACCGCACGACUUCCGCCAGGUGUCGGCCAUCAUAGACGUGGACAUUGUGCCGGAGACGCACAGGCGGGUGCGUUUGCUGAAGCACGGCAGCGACAAGCCGCUGGGAUUCUACAUCCGCGACGGCACCUCGGUGCGGGUGACGUCCAGUGGGCUGGAGAAGCAGCCGGGCAUCUUUAUAUCCCGUUUAGUGCCGGGUGGCCUGGCCGAAAGCACUGGGCUGCUGGCCGUCAACGAUGAGGUGAUCGAGGUCAAUGGCAUCGAGGUGGCCGGCAAGACUCUGGACCAGGUCACCGAUAUGAUGGUGGCCAAUAGCUCCAAUCUGAUCAUCACCGUCAAGCCGGCCAAUCAGCGCACGCUGACGUCCACGCAUCGCGGCUCCUUCUCGCGGAACAGCCAGCUGUCGAGUGGGUCACAUCACACGAAUAAUACCAACACCUCCGAUGAAAUCGAGCACGACGAUCAGGAUGAUAUCGUGGAUCUGACGGGCGUCACACUCGACGAGAGUCCCACGUCCACAGCCGCCGCCGCGCCACCGUUAAGCUCAUCGCCUUCGUCACACCAGCAGGCAGCCUCCAAUGCGUCCACGAUAAUGGCCAGCGAUGUCAAGGAUGGAGUGCUGCAUUUGUAGGAUCGA